CUUUUUUUUCUAUAUGUCACUUUAUUUAGUAAAGUCAGUUAUCAAUAUUUUGGCGUUCAUGAGCUGGGCUCAAACGUAUUCUGGCCGAAGUUUUUCAAACGAAUCUUAGUCAAAAUGCCGCACUGCAGGGAACUUAAAUUGGGAGAUGUCUGGAGGACAUGCAACAAAAUUAGAGCCGCCAUAUUCCGUAUGGGCAUAAACCUUUUCGAAUACUUCGCCCCUCUAGACCCGCACAAAAAUUGUCUGAUAUCGGAGUCGCAAUUUAUAUCUGUAAUAAAUGGACAACUUAGAGCGACUAUAGGCUUGUCCGAACAAGAGGUUGCUGAAUUGGCAGACUACUUCAGAGUUCCAGAUGGACGAAUCUACUACACACAACUUUGUGAAGUUAUACACGACUCAGUUCCUGAAUUUACUGACAAUGCACCGCUAGUGACAGGUUUGGAAUGGGAGGAUCCGAUGCACUCCAACCGAUUGAGUAUCAGCGAGGAGAGACGUCUGAAUGUGCUUAUCACAAAAAUCGCAUCAUUGGUCAACAUGAGGAAACUGAUUUUGAGACCGUAUUUCCAGGAUUACGAACUGGUGUCCAAGAAUACUGGCACAGUGACCAUCGCGCACUUUGCGCGUAUCUUGGCGCAUCUCAACAUACUAUUAUCUGCCGAUGAUUUUAGCUUACUCGUUAAGAAAUAUUUAAAAGACAGCUACACACUCAACUACAUAGCCUUCCUUGCAGCUAUCGACAAAGUUGUGAAUUAUCUAAAUGAGCACAACAUCCUGGAUUUGAGCGGGGAUAUAAUGAGUAUAUUCCCAGGUAGGAUCCUUAAUGCCGAAUUACCAAAGCUACCCAGGCCAGAAAUAGGUAAGAUUUCUGGAGCAAAACUGUUUGGAAAACAGAAUAUUUUCCAUCCUGCAUUAAAUGAUCCCAAGAAGAUGGAACACCUUCUGACUAUAAUGUCAUUGAUCCAGGACCAUGUUUCCAGAAACAGGCUGAGAGUGUGACUUUGACGUGUUGAAUUGCGGACGCAUAACAGUAUCCCAGUUCAACCGCGGCCUAGACGCGUUAGCUCUAAGCGGGAAGCAACGCUUCUUCCUCGCAAUCCCCGACGUUGAGGCUGUCGUCAACCAAUAUCGAGACCCCUGCGACCCUACAAGAGUAUGUUGGAAGACCUUCGAAGAUGAUGUCAACCAUGUAUUCACCACACACGAACUAGAAAAGGCUCCCAGCUUGGUAGUCGAUCCACCUCCAAAGGAGGUCCGUGACUUGCCUAAACUUGGCGGGAAGAAUUGGCAGACAGUUAACCCGUCCAUGAGGGCGCUAUGCGAGGAAGCUGUGGAUAAAGUCAAGCAGAAGAUCAUCCAUAGGAGGAUAUUGUUGAAACCGGUGUUUAGAGAUUUCGAUAAGCACAACAAUGGACAUGUUAGCCGUAACCAAAUGAGGCAAGCCUUGCAUUCAAACGGAAUAUUGUUAUCCGACGAGGAGCUGUUUGCAUUGGAAGAACGGUUCAACAAUGACAUGGGCUUCAACUAUUUCUGGUUCUUGAAAGACGUCGAGCCUAAGCCAGAGGAAGAACCUUUGGUAGAUAAUAUUUGUCGCUAAGCUUACAAUGAAUCGCACAGUUCCGUGGAUUCGUGAAAGUCACGCGUAAACUGAACGAAGAGCCCAUGAAGAAACUAAAGAACCGCAAGGAACGUGACAUUAUUCAGAUCAUGGCGAAACUAAAGGGCAAGGUAGUACGAGAAAGGAUACGAGUGAUCGAUUUCCUCAAAGAUUUCGAUCGCUGCAACGAGCAAGUCAUCAGUAGAACAGACUUCAAACGGGGUCUGUCGGUGUGUGGGUUUGAUCUCACAGAGAACGAGAUUGAUACCUUGUGUGAAGUAUUUGCACCUCCUCUUCGUCAAUCGUGCGUGGACUACCACCGUUUCUCAAACGCCUUGGAGGAAGCGUUCACGCAGAUUGGCCUGGAGAGGGCGCCGUUGCUGGUGCCAAUACAACACGUGCCAACGAGGGACUGCGAGAAGAACUUCCUGGACUUCGACGAGAGACUUGUGGUCAGUGUUGCGCUCCAGAAGCUUGCGAAGAAGCCCGAUUUGCAGAUGAAUCUGUUCGAGGUUUUACAGGAUUUCGACAAGACGAACUGUGGAACAGUGUCCCAAAUGAACUUCCUGAAGGCACUUACCCUGAGAGGUAUGGAUACUCUGAUAUCCAGAAACGAGUUCGACGUGAUCUGCAAGUGUUUUGGCUUCGAGAGAGGCAUGAGGGACGAGGUCGACUACAGGGCAUUCAUGAAAGCCCUAGAUAUCAUAUAUGCCACGGAAAAGUACAAUCCUUUCUAAUGUUCAAAGCAUUGGCUUUAAUAAAUCAAUUUCGUAUGCAAGAUC